UCGCAGUCCAACGUUCGCGGCCUGCGCGACGUGAACGAACGCAACGACGAUGCCUCCGACUCGAACGGCCCCGAUCCGCAGGAGUGGUACACGGGCGGCGCGUCGAGUGGGCAGGCGGUGAUCGACCCGCGAGAGCGACCCGACGCGCGACUGGCGUCGAUGUUCGACAGCGCUCGCGCGCACGGUGCGAUGGACGGCACGGCGGAGGAUUUGAACCCGAAUGAAAGUCGAGGCGCGCGAGGCGGGGCGGCGACGGCGUUUCGAGGACGCGGGCGAACGCUGAACUCGAGCGCGGAGGAAGAAGCCGCGGACGAAGAGGAAGCGAGCGCGGCGACGGCGGCGAACGCGGACGAUGGGAUCGUCAGUCGCGUCGUCACGUUUUGGCAGAAUGGGUUCACGGUCGAUGAUGGACCGCUGCGCACGUUCGAUGACCCCGCGAACGUGGCGUUCAUGGAGUCCAUCGGACGCGGCGAGGCGCCGGCGGAGCUCGCGCCGCGGAGCAGAACCGAACGGGUGAACAUCAAUUUAGUGCAGCGUCACGAGCCGUACGUACCGCCGAAAGAGCCAAAGUACAGGGCGUUCGGUGGAUCCGGGCGCACGCUCGCGAGCGACAGCGAACCGGCGCCCGCAUCGACGGCGCCCGCGUCGACGGUCGAGUGGAACGUCGACGAGUCCCAACCGACGACGUCGAUUCAAAUCAGACUUCGCGACGGAAGCCGUUUGGUGGCCAAGUUCAACACCACGCACACCGUCGCGCACAUCCACUCUUUCAUCGCGAGAUCGCGCCCGGAUGAAUCCUUCGCGUACACGCUGCAGCUCUCGGGCUUUCCGCCGAAAACGCUCUCCGACGACGACGCCGUCAUCGCCGACGCCGGUCUCGCCGGCGCCGUCGUCAUUCAGCGAUGA